AUGCUAUUUCUUUCAAGUCACUUGGACUCAGUCACUCAACCUAAUGGAAGGAAGGAACUGAGGUGCACUCUUUCCAACUCACCUCAACUAACCCGACCUUGGAACAUCUCGGAAAGGAAGCCGCACCCGCAUUUGUACCAGCCACUGCAUAUUGAGGUAGUUAUUGUUCCAGCGUUCUUUCCCAUUACCUACCUACCUUACCUUACCUGA